CGAGCUAUGUCGGCUACUUCAACGAUGAUGCCGAAGGCGACGAUGGUGAUGGCGAUGGUGGUGAUGAUGGCGAUGCUGGUCCAAGCCAGGAUGCCCAGGAAUGAAGAAGACAGGAGGAAAAUGGAGGAGAGCUUGCGCGCUCAGAGAGACAACGGCGUGCAUGUUUACUAUGUUCUGGUCAAGCGCCCGGAAAGUGGAGCCAACACCUUGGAACGCACCCGUGAGAUUGCUGGAAAGUUUCAGCAGAGAAUCGCAAAAGACACUCAUGUUGCUGUCCAUGCAGCCUCCAAGGAUAAGAUUGUUGUCAAGGUUCAGGGCGAUGAGAAACUGGCCAACGAGAUUGUUUCUGCUGUUGAGGCCUUCCCUGAAGCUGGCAUUGUAGAGAAGAGGCCUAUCUACAGGACGCUCGGAGACCAGUCAAGGUUCGGAGGAGGAAGGCGCAUGGGAGUUCCCAAGCCGGAGACCGCAACAAUGUAGAUAAGAGGAAGGAUGAAAGGAAGGACCAAGUGAGAAGUUAGCCUUCUCUUCAGUAUGUUGAGAGUUUGUCAGAUUUGCGUGUUUGUUUUAACGAUUGCAAACUUGUCAAGCAA